CUGUCGGGCGCCCGCAUUGUCUAAGCUCCAUAGCAACUCGGGCGAGGCGGAGGCGCCACCAGCAAGCGCAGCCUCAAGGCUCGCGCGCCGCGUCCGCUCCGGGAAGAGACCGGCCCUGAAGGGCGCUGGGCCCGGCAUGGGGUCCUGACUGCCCCGCCGGGCGCCCGGCGCAGGAAACGGCGGCGGCAUGCGCGACAGGCGGCUCACCGCGGAGCCACCAGCUAUUACAGAAGAAGAAUUUGAAGACUCUUUGGCAACAGAUGAUUUCCUUGUGGACUACUUUAAUGAAUUUUUAAGUCUUCCAACCUUUUCAGAAGCACUUAGAUUUAAUGUGGAUUAUGGAGUUUUUGAAGUAGUUAACAAUGCUCCACAACUUCUAGAAAAACAACUGAAAAAAAUUCUACAAAAGCAGCAACCUCGAAAUCCCAUCUAUGAUGUUGUAAGGAAGGGAAAGAAUUAUGUUAAACCUGUUCAAAUUAAUGCCCUCUCUGAAGAUGAAACCGUUAAUGUCAACUAUAAUAUUAUGUGUCUCAAUCAAGAAGAAGGUAUUAAGUGGAUCAAAAAAGAAAGGCUUCCAGCAUUUCUGGAAAGUGACUGCUACUUUGAAUACAGGUUAGCCAAAUUGGUUUCACAAGUAAGAUGGAGCAGAUCAGGCAUGAAUAUCACACUGGAUACAGAUUUUUCUCCCUGGAUCCUGCAAAAGCCACCCAGUCCGCCACUUCCUUCAGUUGAUGAAGAAAAUCUAAUAAUUAUGAAAAAGUUCUACAUUUCUCUUGGCGAGGCUUCCUACACUCAAACAAAAGAUUGGUUUACAUUAGCAAAACAAAGUCAGCAAACGGUACCAACCUUUUCCUUGCCCUGUUGUGUGUUCAACAACAAAAUCGAAUCACCAGUUAUUUCAUCUGUUUCUGAAAGCUUUUUAUUUGAUGAUGGAGUUCACCCCAGGACAAAAAAGGAUCCAUCUAAAACCACCAAAUUAAUUUCUGAAUUCGAAGAAGAAGAUGGAUCUGUCUCUCUACAAGACACUCCUUCUCAAGCUCUUCUGAGACUAUACCUUGAAAGACAACAGGAUGUUGACAAAAGCCUGACAGUAUAUUUCCCAUCAUGUGAAGAAUUUUUAAGAUCUUAUGUAAACUUUAUUUUGAGAGCAGCAAUUCAGCAAAUUACUGGAGAGCCAUUUAGUGAAAGCCCAAAUUAUAUUAACUUCCACAAAAUAAAUCAAGUGGUGUUUGAGAAUGUUUUUGAAUCUGCACAUGAUAAGACUGCUUUUGUAAGUGAAACAGUUCCAACCACAAAGGGAAAGUCAGAAGAGAAACUAGACUUAGCAAGUAUAAGUUCACGUAGUGAAAGCAUUGGACCAGAGAGCAGGGCUGACUGGUGUAUUUCCCACAGAACUUAUGACAUUGGCAACAGAAAAGAGUUUGAAAGAUUUAAGAAAUUUAUAAAAGGUACAUUAGGAGAAAGAUAUUGGUGGCUAUGGAUGGAUAUUGAGAGGUUAAAAGUUCUUAAGGACCCUGGAAGACAUCAAAGACAUCUUGAAAAGAUGAAAAAAUGCUAUCUAGUGAGCAGUGGAGAUUGUUACCUUUCUCCAGAAAUCUUAUCGAAGCUUAAACUGCUAGAAGGAGCUCAGUGGAAUGAAGAACAUUUAAAAAGCAUUCAGUCUGAGGUUGUAAAACCCUUACUUCUAUAUUGGGCACCAAGAUUCUGUGUUACUCAUUCAUCCUCAACAAAACAUGCUAGUGCUGAACUAAAAUUCUGGCACCUCCGGCAAGAGAAACCGAGAAAGGAUAUUGACCCUUUUCCACAAAUAGCAACCCUCCUGCCACUGAGACCUAAAUCUUGCAUUCCACAGAUAUCUGAGAUCCAGAAAGAAGAAUCCAGUUUAUUACAACCUCCUAAAUCUCCCAAGAAACCACCUAGAGUAAAAACAGCAACUCAAAACCUUUGGAAGGGAGACUUGUUUCCAGUUUCUUCUGAGGAUGACAUGAUUGAGAAAGGGUCAAGGCGCAUGUCACUGAGCAGCAAAGUCAUUCGUUUAACAUCUUUUACUGACAUUUCUGAAUGUCUGAAGCCCCAGCUGGAUAGAAGAUACUCUUAUACAGAAGAAUCUAAGGUUAAAACCACUUUAGAUGUUGGUGCUUUGGGAGGAUUUGACAUGGAAAAUUUGUUGCAGUCUUUGUAUGUAGAAAAUAGAGCUGGAUUCUUCUUUACUAAGUUUUGUGAGCAUUCAGGGAACAAGUGGUGGAAGAACAGUGUGUACUUUUGGUUUGAUCUACAAGCUUAUCAUCAGCUUUUCUACCAAGAAACAGUUCAGCCUUUUAAAGUAUGCAAACAAGCCCAAUAUCUUUUUGCCACAUACAUUGCACCUUCUGCCACUCUUGAAAUUGGACUCCAACAGGAAAAGAAAAAAGAAAUUUAUAUGAAAAUACAGCCACCAUUUGAAGACCUUUUUGACACCGCAGAAGAAUAUAUCCUUCUCCUCCUUCUUGAGCCCUGGACAAAGAUGGUAAAAUCAGACCAAAUUGCUUACAGAAAGGUGGAGCUGGUGGAAGAGACUCGACAGUUAGACUCCUCAUAUUUCAGAAAGCUACAGGCUUUGCAUGAAAAAACAUUUUCCAAGAAAGCUGAGGAUACCACUUCUGAAGUUGGAACUGGUGUCUUAUCACUCUCUGACGUCUCUAAACAAACGGAAUAUUGGAAUAAUGUUCCUGCAGACUGUAAGCAUUUUACUUUCAAUGAUCUACUUAACAACAAACUGGAAUUUGAACAUUUCCGUCAGUUUCUUGAGGCUCACUCAUCAAGCAUGGACCUUAUGUGCUGGACUGACAUUGAGCAAUUUCGAAGAAUCCUUUUCAGAGAUCAAAAUCAAAGGGAGGCAAAAUCUAUGUAUAUUAAAAACAAAUACCUCAAUAAAAAAUAUUUCUUUGGGCCCAAUAGUCCAGCUUCUCUAUAUCAGCAGAACCAGAUAAUGCAAUUAAGUGGUGGCUGGGGAAAGAUUCUCCAUGAUCAGCUUGAUGCACCUGUUCUAAUUGAAAUUCAGAAGCAUGUUUUAAAUAGGCUAGAAAAUGUCUGGUUGCCAUUGUUCCUUGCAAGUGAACAGUUUGCAGCGCGUCAAAAGAUAAAGGUACAGAUGAAAGAUGUAGCUGAAGAGCUCUUAUUACGGAAGCAUGAAAGGAGAAUCGGUGUCUGGAAGCCUGUGGAGAGUAAAUGGAUAUCUUCAUCUUGUGAAAUCAUUGCUUUUCGCAAAGCAUUAUUAAACCCAGUUACUGCAAGACAGUUUCAACGUUUUGUGUCUCUAAAAGGAGAUUUAUUGGAAAAUGGGGUACUCUUUUGGCAGGAAGUACAAAAAUAUAAGGACUUGUGUCAUUCUCAUUGUGAUGAGUCCAUCAUCCAGAAAAAGAUCACAACUAUUAUCAACUGCUUUAUUAAUUCCAGUAUUCCGCCAGCUUUACAAAUUGACAUUCCAGUUGAGCAAGCUCAGAAGAUUAUUGAACACAGGAAGGAGUUAGGACCAUAUGUAUUUAGAGAGGCACAGAUGACAAUUUUUGGGGUUCUGUUUAAAUUUUGGCCUCAGUUUUGUGAAUUUAGGAAGAAUUUAACUGAUGAAAAAAUUAUGAGUGUUUUAGAGAGAAGACAAGAAUUUAAACAGAAGAAAAAAUUGGCAGUCAUGGAUGAUGAAAAAUUUGGAAAGGAUGGAAUCAAACAAUAUGCAAGUACUGCAGGGUCUGUUUCCAAACCAACUGCGUUAGUCAGUGAUUCACUUAUAGGCUUGCAAGCAUAUGGCCGACAGCCCACCUGGUGCUAUUCAAAGUACAUAGAAGCCUUAGAACAGGAGAGAAUUCUUCUUAAAGUUCAAGAAGAGCUGGAAAAGAAAUUGCUUACAGGCACAUCAUCUUUUACAAAUUUUAAGCCUACUGCCUCACCUUUGUCACUGAGAAAAAACCUGUCUUUCCAUACCAACCAAAAGUGAGAGGACUCAUGACUGUUUAUGCCCUGAUGCUGAUAGAUGUGAGGAACUCUUUAAAUCAAAUUUAACUGACAUGAGAAGUUCAAGUGAUUUUUGGAUGGUAUGCAUUAGAGCAAGCCUACUAUCUAAAUAAACUUUGGCUUGUUUUAUUCCCAUAGUUUUAAAAUUACAACUAUUCUGUACACAUGCUAUGUAAGACUAUAAAAUUUUUAAAACUUAAUUAGAAUAAAUCUACUACUAUCUAGGUCCGAAGAAUCAAAAUGUUUUGCCUAUCACAGUUCUUAAGGAGGUACGUCAUGUUCAAGUAAUUAUUCGACAAAUAUUCCUUGAGCAUUUAGUAUGUUUGGUUAGCACAUGUAUUCAGCAGUUGGUUAGGGGACUAAUAAUCCUACCAGUAAGUUGACCCAAGACAUAAAAGGAAGAGCCUUCUCCACCCCCACCCCCAAUUUUAAAGGAAUCAUGUAUAGAUGAAAGCAGUGGUUAUCACACUUGAUUGUGACAUUUUUGCUACCUGAGAGCUUGAUUCAGUAGUUCUUGUACAGGACCCAGAUUCUCCCUCUUUAACAGAUACCCCUGGUGUUCUCAUGCAGGUGAUACACAAAACACUCCACAGAUAAACUGUUUGGGUAGCAAGAAAAGAACUUCAAAAAGGUCAAAGCCCCCUUAUUAACUAGAGCUAUACUUACGACAGAGAUAUCCCAGAAAUACACUCUCAUACUCUUUGCUGGAGGGACCAGGAAAUGUGUAAGAAGUGAUCUGGGAGGACAGAUCUUCACCAUCUAUAGACCUCAUUACUCAGGAGCUCCAGGGACUGUGACCCAGAUUACCCGAUCAGAAGCACUGGACUUCCAGUCUCAUGCAUUUCCAGAAAGUAUUUUUAAAGUUGAAACUGCCACUCCUAAUUUUCCAAUGAGUUAGACAUUUUAAAUGUAUUUCCUAACAUCAGGAGACAUACUUCAGAGACCAUCUUUCUUCUAAAGUAGUGGUUUUGGACACUUUUAAGCAUUAGAAUUCUGUUGUUCCCUUUGUUCUCCCCACUGCCCCAUCCCUAUAGUGACUCUGAAGUCUGACACCAGUAUUUAGAAGUAUUCCAUAGUCAGUUUUGUUCUUAGAAUAAAUUGAGAAAAUAGUAAACUUACUAAGUUUUUUCACAUUUUUAAUUGACAGUUAUCUUUAUAUUAUAAAUUACUUGUUCACUUUUGGCCUCUUGACAAAGUAUCCACUAGCAUAAGCCAGUCCCAGUUUUUGCCAUCAGAGACAAUUGCCUUAUAUUACUGUACCCAGGAAGUGUGUUCUAACAGAGUUUCCACUGAUUCUUCAUAACACCUCUCUAAGACAUUUCUUCCUCCUUUUCCCCACUAUUGGAUGACUGCCAUAUUCCAGAUCCUCAUCACUUCGCAUCUGGUCCUAAUUAAUUUUCCUUUCUCCUGUGUGGCCACCAUCCAAUUGUCCUAAGAGUGAUCUUUCCACAAUGCAGACCUUCUCACGUUACUCCUUUUCUUAAAUCCUUCAUUGAUAUUGUGGGUAAACCUAUGAUUGGUAAACUAGAAGUUCCCUACUUACCAUGAUAUAUGUCCUAGGCUCUCCUGUCUUCUGAUAAAAAAACAUUCAGAUCAGGCUUUUGUUCCUCUGGGAAGCUGUCAUUCAAAUUCUUCUCUUACCCCAGUCUCUGUUACCACCACAAGCAACUACAGAAGUUAUCACUUCCUCUUCUGUACUACCACUGUAGCUUGUUCAUAAUUCUGUAACAGAACUAAUCACACUGAUUGUAAUUUUUUGUUUAUAUGUCUGUUUCCCCUAAUAAAGAUUAUUUGAU